CGGUCGUCAAAACUACGUAAUAAACGCUCUGCUAGAGCCUGAUAAAGAGUCAAUUGAGUUUUAUGGACCAAGUUUUGUUGUGAACGUUUGAAAAGCGUUCACUGUUCAUUUUGCGGCCUAAAAUGUAAGAAUCUGGGCUGCAUUUAGUAUUGAAAGAAAGUGUGAAAAAUGGCUCAUGAUAAGAAGACUGCGAGACGUAGCAGAUCUCGCGAAAGAGACCGCGAAAGAGAAAGAGAUCGUGAGAGAGAACGAGAUCGAGAACGAGAGCGAGACCGUCGUGAUCGCAGAAGAUCUAGGAGUAGAUCAAAAGAUCGUAAGAAAGACCGCAAGAGAUCUCGUUCAAGAGAACGUUCAAGAGAGAGAGAAAAGUCAAGAGAAAGGGAUCUUGAUAGAUCUCGAGAUCAAGAACGAUCCAGAGACCGCGAUAGGUCCAGGGACCGUCGAGAUGGUAAGGACAAGUCCAGAGAUGAUAAGAAGCGUAAACUAAGUCCAAUAUUUGUGAUCGAUGAUGAUAGCAAGAAGGAUGCUAAGGGAGAUGCCAAAAAAGAAGAAGAUGAAAAUGAAGAAAAGGGUAAAUCUGUACCUAAGAAAGAACCACUAAGUUUGGAGGAAUUACUUGCUAAGAAAAAAGCGGAGGAAGAAGCUCGGGCUAAGCCAAAAUUUUUAAGUAAGGAAGAGCGUGCAGCGUUAGCGAUACAAAGGCGUCAGCAGGAAGUCCUUUCAAUGAAGAAGCAACGAGAGGAAGAUCGUAAAUCACUGAUGCAUACUGACGGUUUCAGCUCAUCAAAAGACAGAGAGUGGGAUGAUCGAGAUAGAUGGCGGGAAGGUCAAAGAUCACGUGAAGAAGAAAUCAAGGAUAAGGAUAAGGAGAAGGAAGUCGAGGCAAUAAAGGAACGUUACCUUGGAUUAGUGAAAAAGAAGCGCAGAGUGAGGAGGCUAAACGACAGAAAGUUUGUCUUUGAUUGGGAUACUUCCGAGGACACUUCCAUAGACUACAACAGCAUAUAUAAGGAACGACAUCAGGUGCAAUUCUUUGGUAGAGGUAAUCUAGCUGGAAUUGACAUCAAGGCACAAAAGCGAGAUCAGAGCAAGUUCUAUGGAGAAUUAUUAGAAAAGAGACGAACGGAAGCAGAGAAGGAACAGGAGAAGAUGCGAUUGAAAAAAGUUAAGCGGAAAGAAGAGAAACAGAAAUGGGACGACCGUCACUGGUCCGAAAAGGCAUUGAAUGAAAUGACUGAACGUGACUGGCGAAUCUUCCGGGAAGAUUAUAAUAUCACAAUUAAAGGGGGUCGAAUUCCUGAUCCUAUUCGUUCAUGGAAAGAAUCAGGCUUCCCUAAGGAGAUCUUGGACAUUAUCGAUAAAGUUGGUUACAAAGACUUGACUCCGAUCCAGAGGCAAGCAAUACCCAUCGGACUUCAGAAUCGUGAUAUCAUCGGCGUUGCCGAGACAGGUUCUGGCAAGACAUUAGCCUUCCUUAUUCCACUGCUGCUCUGGAUCACCAGUCUUCCAAAAAUAGAAAGACUGGAGGAAGCUGAUCAAGGUCCAUACAGUAUCAUCCUGGCACCGACUCGAGAGCUGGCACAACAAAUAGAGGAAGAGACAAAUAAAUUUGGCCAACCAUUGGGUAUUAGGACCGUUGUAGUUGUCGGUGGGCUCUCUCGAGAAGAGCAAGGCUUCCGACUGAGAAUGGGUUGCGAGAUUGUCAUCGCAACACCUGGUAGAUUGAUAGAUGUGUUGGAGAACCGAUACCUGGUUCUGAAUCAGUGUACUUAUAUUGUUCUGGAUGAAGCUGACAGAAUGAUUGAUAUGGGUUUCGAACCAGAUGUGCAGAAAAUCUUAGAAUACAUGCCGGUGACUAACUUGAAGCCGGAUAACGAAGACGCCGAGAACGAAGAGAAGCUCCUGGCUAAUUAUAACACGAAGAAAAAGUACAGACAGACUGUUAUGUUCACGGCGACGAUGCCACCUGCAGUGGAAAGGCUCGCUAGGACAUAUUUGCGACGUCCUGCCGUGGUUUACAUUGGAAGCGUGGGCAAACCGACCGAACGAACAGAGCAGAUAGUACAUAUUAUGGGCGAGGCUGAUAAGAGAAGAAAGUUAAUGGAAAUCCUAAGUCGUGGCGUCGAGCCACCGGUUAUCAUCUUUGUCAACCAAAAGAAAGGUGCCGAUGUCCUGGCAAGGGGAUUGGAGAAGCUUGGAUACAACGCCUGUACACUUCACGGUGGAAAAGGCCAGGAGCAGAGAGAGUAUGCCUUGGCUUCGCUCAAAAGUGGCAGCAAGGAUAUCUUGGUGGCCACCGAUGUGGCUGGUCGUGGUAUCGACAUCAAGGACGUUUCGAUGGUUAUCAAUUAUGACAUGGCCAAGACCAUUGAAGACUAUACUCACCGUAUUGGUAGAACUGGUCGUGCUGGAAAGGCUGGUCUGGCGAUAUCUUUCUGCACGAAAGACGACAGUCAUCUGUUCUAUGAUCUGAAGCAAACUAUUUUGGCAAGUCCAAUAUCAACUUGCCCACCAGAGCUCCUGAAUCAUCCAGAUGCCCAGCACAAACCUGGAACGGUGGUGACCAAGAAGAGGCGCGAGGAGAAGAUAUUUGCUUAAGGGACGGUCAGUCCUCUCAACGAUUGUUUUAUAUGUUUCCGAUUAGUUACUUGUGUCAGUGCGAGCUGAUGGUAAUUUUUGAUUAAUUCUUUGGCCGAGAGUAUCGUUUGUAGACGAUCGCAAAGAUGAUAGAAUCGAGGUUUUUCAGUGGAGAUUAAUAUGAUAGUCUAGAGUUCAAGUGUCAGUAUAUGUAUAUAUAUAAAAUUUAUUACACAAUUAUACAGAU